UUGAAGGGGGAUGCCGAACAGCGCCGCACAGCACCUUGUGAACACCUACAUAUCUCCAUUCUCUGCGUUCUCUCAACAUCGUCCAUGUGCUUAUCACCAUGAACACUGCUAGAAGACAAUCAUCGGCUACCUCCUUGGCACGGGUCCAGCGCGAACCCAUACCCGUGAAUGUUCAGUCGCCUGCACCCGACUUUUGCAAUGCGUUCUGGGGAAGAGAGCCUGAGAAGGGGGUGGAUGUUCUACUUUUUAGGAUGAAGAUGGCCGAACGCACCCUAGAGGAAGUUAGAGCUUUUUGGCGUGAGAGGGCUGCCAUCGAGGAUGAUUACGCCAAGCGUCUCGCCAAACUAUCAAAACUCAAUCUAGGGAGAGAUGAGUUUGGCGAAUUGCGUAACUCUCUUGACACUCUGAAGGCUGAGACCGAAAAGCAGGCCAGUACGCAUGCGGCACUUGCUCAAUCUAUGCGACGCGAGCUGGAGGAUGAAGCUAAUAAGGUCAUCGCAAAGAUGGUACAUCACAAGCGAACGUCGCAGGCAGCGAUCGAGAAGGCCUUCAAGACGUUGCAGGCUCAAGAAAGCUUCGUCGGGAAGGCUCACGACAAGUAUAAGUCGGACUGCGUCAACAUCAACUUGUUUACUGCACGAGCCACCCUGCAGCAAGGGAAGGAACUGGAAAAGACCCAGAUCAAGCUCGAGAGGACUAAACAGACAGUAACUCAAAAUGAGCGUGAUUACGCAAACUCUGUGGAAGUGUUUCGCGAAACGUGUCGGAAGUGGGAACAAGAUUGGAAGGGUUUCUGUGAUCAAUGUCAGGAUUUGGACGAAGAAAGGAUCGAAUUUUUGAAAGACAAUCUCUGGUCUUACGCCAAUUGCGUAUCAACGGUUUGUGUUUCGGAUGACGAGUCAUGUGAAAAACUCCGUAUAGCUUUGGAACAAGUGGAGCCCGAGAGAGAUAUUGAGUACUUCGUCUCGAAUGCCGCUACUGGUGAUGAGAUAUCGGAGUUACCGAAAUUCCACUCAUAUGCGGAUGGUAACGCAUCCACACCCCCCCGGAGAGUGAGAAGGUCUAAUUUCAACCGGUCAUCCACGCGACCCACAAGUUCCAGGCCAAUGACCGAGUCCCCGCUUCCGAUCGUGGAGUCACCCCAGGAUUAUGGGCAGGCAGGCAUCGGCGCUGGAGGAGCAGUGAGAGGCGGACCAUAUACCGGACCGUCUGUUGCGCCGCCGGUGCAAAGCAACAUCACUGGUUUGGCACCUAGUUCUACAGCAAAUGUCCCUUCCCAGCCUCAGAUCGCAGCGUCCCCGCCCAAGCCCGCGACCCUAUCAAAUGCCAUGCCAGCAGGUCCAGCUAAUGGACAUUCGUCUCCAGCCGUGGCCCCUCUCAGUACUCAAAAGGGGUUUAAUGCACCUCGCCAAGGCCAGGGCGCUCCGACGAUAACUCAGACACAAAUCGCAAUUGGGCCUAAUGUGUAUGAUGUGAACCCAGAGGCGGAUCCUCAGCCAUCUAAUAGGGGACCCACAAGCGUCGUCGUGAAUCCCACGGGUUCAUCACUAGGUGAUGUUGAUGACCCUAUCGCGAAGGCAUUGGAAGAUUUGAAAAACGGAAAUGCUGGGGGCCGCAGCUUGCGGCGUGGAGCGACAGCGGCAGUGGCCCCUGCAAAUGGGCCAAUCAGCACAAUUCCUCGGGACGUGUCCCGUAGCCCAUCUCGAAAGCCUGCGCCAAUACCGGCUGAUGAGGAGGCACCCAAUGCCCCACGCGUCGUUCCGCCUCCAAGCAAUCUCCAAGCUGCAGCAGACUCCAUUGUUGGACCGCAUCCAGCAUCCCGUCCUUCUUCCCCUGUUGCUCCGCAACCACCGUCGUCGCCUCAAGCUGUCUUCAUGCAACAACGUGGACCGGUAGAGCCAGCAAAUGUCGUGAAAGGUUACCAGCAAUCACUUCCAGGUGAACGUCGGAUGUCACGACAAGGCCCUGCUUUGCAGCCUACUGGAUCUUCUGUUCCUAAUGGAGGUAACUCGCGUCCAAGUUCCCCCAGUAUGCCACCUUUCGCUGGCGUGGGGGCGCAUGGACGUAGUCCAAGUCCCGGGCUUCCUGCACGCGUCACCAGUCCCGCCUCUAUCACCCCAAAUCCUGCUCCAAUGCCUCUUGGCGGACUUCCAACCAUGUCGUCGCAAUCCCUGCCGAACGCCAACACGGCCGCCCCUCCAUUUAAUUAUCCCGAGCAAGUGCGCCCACCAAGUGCCGAUCCAAGACAGAAUCAGCGGGUGACAAGUCCGACGACGGUAGGAAUCACGCUUGAUUCUGGUGGCCGUGUGCGUGAUGCUUUUGCCGAGGGGUUGUCCGGCGCAAAUCGGUUCUCGCCUGGUCCGCAACAACCUGGUCCAGCUGGUCCAACCGGGCAGAUGGGAUGGCAGCCUCAACAGCCCCUUCAAAGCUUUACCCCCGGACCAGUGGCUGGUGACCCUCGCCUGCGCAAUGACCUAGCCAACAAUGGAGCCAGGGGCACUUCUCCCGCACGUCAGGCCUCAUUCAGAAAUCCGGUUCCGGCCAAUCAAGCACCUGCCGGGCCUCCACCGCCGAAUGUGCAACGACAGAAUACUUAUUCGCCUCAGCCGCCGCUCGUUCAGCAACCCACGCAGACAGGUCCCGCAUACGGCACUGAGCAAGCUCGUGUCAACAUUCCUCCCAAUCAGCCUCAAACUCAGCAAAGUUAUCCCAAUCAAAGUGUUCAGUCUCCGCCUCAACCAACAUACAACAAUCCAGUCACUUAUCGAUCACAGCCUCCUGGAAAUUAUCCACCCAUCGAGGCUCAACAAAACCAACCUCAAUAUUAUGCACCGCCGGGAGGGUACGUGCCGUCCAAUCAGGCCCCACCGCAGCCCCCGCCGCAGCCUCCUCAGCAGUACCCGCCGCAGAAUCAGGGUUAUGGGUACCCAGCACCUGGCAAUCUCCCAGUCACCGAGCAACAGAUGGUCCCACCACCACCAAUGAACCCGCCAACUCAGGCGCCCAUUACAGAGUACCUGGAAGACGGAACCGCCGUCCUGUUCUAUGUCAAAGCACUCUAUGACUACAAUGCAACUAUUGAAGAAGAGUUUGACUUCCAAACUGGUGACAUUAUUGCUGUGACAGCUACUCCGGAAGAUGGAUGGUGGUCUGGUGUACUGCUCGAUGAUGUGAGGAGGGUCCCUGGUCGAACCGUAUUCCCGAGCAAUUUCGUCUGCCUGUUCUGAUUUGCUGAAGUUACCUUGCCGUCUCAUUCCAGGCAAUUCUUUGGGCUUUGCUGUGUAUCUCAUUCUGCCUUGGUUGAAAACGCUAGUCAGUUGGCUUUCAUGUACUUACAGAGUUUAUGGACCAUGGACUGUUUGAUAAUGGGGGCGCGACUUCGUGCAGCAGGGAAUAUCGUGAUGCAGUAAAAGAUAUAAGCGCUAUAUAGACCCGGCC